AAUGCAGAUGGAGGAUCGGUGUGAAAUAACGGGCCCAUAUAAAUCCCUCUGCCGCCCGCCUGCAAGAUGGAUUGGCCGCAUUGAAAUUCCUCCGCGAGGAUAAUUAAACUCGGGGCCUCAUCCGGGCAAAAUUACAUUCCUGUAAUGGCGUCGCUCGGGGUCCCGGGAAAUUGCUCCGUGGGCUUUCAGCGGCGGUUUUUAUCGCCGGCCGGGGUGUGCCUGGCUGCGGCUCGCCUCUCCUCCGGGACCGUAAAGCUGCUGCCGUGAUUUAUCCUCCCCUUCUCCCAAAUCCGAUUAAAUGGAGGAGCUCGGGGCCGGGGCGCCGCGGGGCCCGGGAGCCGGGAGGGGGCGGCGGGAAGGACGGGGCCAAGGAGGGGAGGACAAACGGCCCCUCAGAGGGUGGCGGAUUUGCCUUUAUUUACGACCGCGGCUUUCUUUUUAUUUUUUAUUUUUUAUGGGGUUUGGUGAGUUUUUCCCGUCUUUCUCGUGCUGCGUUCGAGCACGAUGCAGGGACGGCAGAGGUUUGGAACUGGAUAUGCCUUGUCGCCCUGCUCCAAAGGGCAGGGCAGGUCCUAUCUGUGAGACAAGGAGGCCUAGGAAAGAUGAGGGGCCAGGAAGCCCCCCACCUCCUUCCAUCAGGGGAAGGACGAGCGAAAGGGGAGAGAAGAGGGGCGUUCAGGAGAGCAUGGGGGCGGGGGAGUGGGGCGCUGCUUAUCCCAACUCGCUAGUUGAAACCUGAGCAGAGGUUCGGGUAAGCCUGGAGUGACCAUGCAACAUUACAGCGAGUCGCGAGUGCCCGUUAUUCCUAGACUGUCCCAGGACCCAGGAAAGAGAGAUUCGGAUCAUAUUUAGCCCUAUCUUCUGGCUCGCUGUUGCUGCUUUCUCAUGGUUUAUUACCAGAAUGGAAAGGAGGAAACGGGAAGGGGGGGAAAGGGCGAAGCCACCAGAAGCAGCUGCGGCAUUUUGCUGACUAUUCGCCCAUUGAGCCGGUUUGCCAUCCAGUGAUGCCAGGGUCCCGGCGCGACAGAAAGCAGGACUCCCAAGAUCUUCCUCCUGCUGCAUUUUAGGCACUGAACCCCAUUCCUGACUGUAUGUUAACACUGAAUUCUGAGUAGGAGUUUUGUUGUCUUGGCAGUGUGACUGCGCAUGCUCGGAAAGGGGGCGCAAGUCCGCGAUCCCAAACGUGGUACAGACCGAACCGCCGGCCACGUUACGGAUCCGCUUACUCUGCGGAGUUGGCCUCAUUUCUGCACUGUCGGCGCUCGCUGUAGUUUCUCUUCUCGAACGCCAGGUGGAGCAACUGGCCGGAUACCGCCACAGCCCUGGCAGGCGGCGCUGUAAUGCCUGAGCUGAUCCUCUAUGUUGCAAUCACUCUAUCCGUGGUGGAGCGACUCGUUGGCCCAGGCCACGCAUGCGCUGAGCCUUCCUUUCGCUAUUCCCGCUGUUCCGCCCCUCUCUGUCUUCUCUGCACUGGGAGAAGCUCUCCUGCCACAGCCCCUCACCCCCUGAAAAUGUUCGCCUGCUCCAGGUUCAUCUCCACUCCCUCCUUGGUCAAGAGCACCUCACAGCUGCUGAGCCGUCCGCUAUCUGCAGUGGUGCUGAAACGACCGGAGAUACUGACAGAUGAGAGCCUCAGCAGCUUGGCAGUCUCACGUCCCCUUACCUCACUUGUCUCUAGCCGCAGCUUCCAAACCAGCGCCAUUUCAAGGGACAUCGACACAGCAGCCAAGUUCAUUGGAGCUGGGGCUGCCACAGUUGGGGUGGCUGGCUCUGGGGCUGGGAUUGGGACUGUGUUUGGGAGCCUCAUCAUCGGUUAUGCCAGGAACCCUUCUCUGAAGCAGCAGCUCUUCUCCUACGCCAUUCUGGGCUUUGCCCUCUCAGAGGCCAUGGGGCUCUUUUGCCUGAUGGUGGCCUUUCUCAUCCUCUUCGCCAUGUGAAGGAGCCGUCUCCACCUCCCAUAGUUCUUUCUCCCGUGUCUGGUCGGCCCUGUGUGUUCCUUUUCCUAUACCUCCCAGGCGGCCUGGGGAACGUGGUUGGCUCAGGGUUUGACAGAGAAAAGACAAAUAAAUACUGUAUUAAUAAGA